ACCCAUCCCAGCCCAUCAUGGACGAACUGUCCUACAUAUGCCGCUUAAUUUGCACCCAGAAUUCACUUAAUUCACCGCCUAAUUAUGAUGGAAUCUGGUCCCUUAUUUAGUGGUUGCAACAAUUUUGACUGCCAAUAGAGUAGAGUACGUACGAUGCUGGUCGCCGACUGCCCGAGUCCGGGGAAGUCAAGAACACGCUAGCUCCACCGUAGUCUUCACACAUUUAUGGGUAGCGGGGUGGUACAUACUUACACUGGGAGGGCCGUGAGAUACGAGUAAAACGUAGCCGCUGCAUGUACUGCUCUUGGCCGAGUCGUAGCGACGUACACAUGUUUUCCCAUCCCAGCAUUGCCUGAAAUUUACCCUUCGAAUUGCGAUCUCACUAGCACGUACAAGACGAACAAUCCCCUCUGUUUUAACUGUUACUGUAUGUCUGUAUGUCGGUCUGCCUUGCUGUGCAGUACAGAACUAGCUAGUGGUAGUGCUGUUCUUCUGCCUCGCACUGUAGAAAAAACAGAGAGAGAAGCGUCCAUCAUUCAGCCCGUAGAACGACUAUGCAUCAACAGUGAGAGCGUUUUGCCAAAAAGAAAAAAGAAAAGUAAUACGUACUGGUGGCGAGAACGGGUUAAUAAUCAAUCAAUGAAUGCACGCAUCGGCUUGGGAAAAAGGAGUGAAAAAGUUGGGCCAUGUGUGGCUCUCCCCCGAAUUUUCCUUUCUCUUUUUACAUGAUUCGGCAUUGAAGCUUGUCAUUUAUGGAUCGUCGUGGACCAAGCCUGGGCCUGGCUUUGGGCCACUCUGGCCACCUGCUCUCUUGCCAUUUGACUCCCACGCCUCAUCCCAUCAUGCAUCUCUGCCGUCUCUCUCUACGGAGUACAACGCCGAUGCCAUGCCCACUCUCACGGUGGUCGGCGAUCGCGACGCACCUGCCCAAGCGCACCGACAACGAGAUCAAGAACUACUGGAACACGCACCUCAAGAAGCGGCUGGCCAAGAUGGGCAUCGACCCGGUCACGCACAAGCCGCGCUCCGACGUGCCCGGCGGCGCGGGGGGCGGCGGGGCCGAGGGCGCGGCCGGCGCGCAGCACGCCAAGGCCGCGGCGCACCUCAGCCACACGGCGCAGUGGGAGAGCGCGCGGCUCGAGGCCGAGGCGCGCCUGGCGCGCGAGGCCAAGCUGCGCGCGCUCGCCGCCUCCGCCUCCUCCUCCGCGCAGUACCUGUCGGCGGCCCACGCCGCCGCGCCGGGGCUCGACUCGCCGACGUCCACGCUCAGCUUCGCCGACAGCGCCGCGCUCGCGUCGGUGCUGGAGGCGCACAGCGCCGCGGCCGCCGCGCGCGCCGCCAUGCAGCCCAUGCAGGCGUACGAGGAGGCGUGCAAGGACCAGAACUGGGGCGACGCCGACGCCGCCGACGCGGGCUUCGCCGAGGCGGCAGGGUUCACCGGUCUGCUUCUUGACGGCUCGUUGAGCCAGAACCCGAGGCCGGUGGCGAGGGACGACGCGGCCGAGGCGGGCGAGACGGAGGAGGAGAAGAACUACUGGAACAGUAUACUGAACCUGGUCAACUCGUCUGCGUCAGCGGUGGUGCCCGCCGACGAGGCGUACUCGCCGGCGCCAGAGUUCUGAGCGGUGGCGACCUCUGCACAUGCUUUGCCUGCAUGCACCCCACCAGGCACAUGACACAGUAAAUAGUUAUUAGUGGUGACCGUGGAAUAAGAUGGGACUAAUGCUAGUGGUACUACAGUUAAUCGCGUUAUUGGGUUUAUUAUCUGACACAGUGCUCUGAUUAGACGUGUGAGCAAGAAGAUUUUAUCGAUCUUGGAGCUUGUUGCCUGCAGCUUCCUUCGGCAAAAUUACUUACAUGUUCUGUAAAACUAAGACAAUGAUCUCGAACUUCUUCUUCUUCUUUUGAAGAGAACAAUGCCUGGUAAUUUAGCUACUUGACUAUUGUAGUCUUA